UAAAGAAAAGUUAGAUAACAAAAAGAAAAUUAUGGCAAAUACAGCACACGCCGAUCACGGACAUCAUGAAGAAUCUUUCUUGGAGAAAUAUAUUUUCAGCCAAGAUCAUAAAAUGAUAGCGAGACAGUUUUUGUUUACCGGUAUUUUUUGGUCAAUAGUAGGAGCAGCGAUGUCUGUUCUCUUUAGAUUGCAGUUGGGUUGGCCUAAUGAAACAUUUCCAUUUUUAGAAACUUUACUUGGAAAAUGGGCAGAAGGUGGAAGAAUAUCUAAUGAAUUUUAUUAUUCAUUGGUUACUAUGCAUGGUACAAUAUUGGUAUUCUUUGUAUUGACUGCAGGUCUAUCUGGAACUUUUGCCAAUUUAUUAAUUCCUUAUCAAAUAGGUGCUAGAGAUAUGGCUUCUCCUUUUAUGAAUAUGCUUUCUUAUUGGUUUUUCUUGAUAGCAGGAGUUUUAAUGCUUUGUUCCUUGUUUGUGCAGACAGGUGCAGCUUCAGGAGGCUGGACUAUGUAUCCGCCAUUAAGUGCCAUUCGCGAUGCUAAAGUCAAUGCGGGUUCCAUGUGGGGAACAGACUUAUGGUUCUUUAGUAUGGCUAUGUUUAUCGUUUCUUCACUGCUUGGUGGUUUGAAUUAUAUAGCCACGAUUUUAAACUUGAGAACAAAAGGAAUGACUAUGUGGAGAUUGCCUCUGACAGUUUGGGCAUUAUUAUUUACCGCUAUUUUAGGGGUACUUGCUUUCCCUCCUUUAUUAAGUGCAGCUUUAUUAUAUAUCAAUGACACUUUAGGAUAUGUGCAUUUCUAUGUAACUAUUAUUAGUGCCUAUGCUAUAUUCAUUCCUAUGCACUUUAUGUUGAGUUUACCGAGAAGAUAUUAUGUUUAUUCAAAUUUUCAAACAUUCAAUAUUUUCGAAGAUGUUUCUAAAUUUAUAUCGGUGUUUGCUAUAAUUUCUUUCAUGGCUCAGAUUUUAUUUGUAGUCAAUAUCGUUUAUAGUGCACUUAAAGGUAGAAAAUUUACUAAUGAAAAUCUAAAUCCUUGGGGUUCUACUACAUUGGAGUGGACUACUCCGGCAGAGCAUUUGCAUGGCAACUGGCCAGGUGAAUUGCCAGAGGUUCAUAGAUGGCCUUAUGAUUAUUCAACAGGAUAUGGCGAUACUGAUUUUAGAUCUCAAACAGAGCCUUUGAAAGAAGGUGAAGAGUCUCACGCUAGACUUGCCAAUUAUGCUGCAUUAUCUAAGUUUAGACUUUCUAGCUUUGUGGUAUUAUCUUCUAUGAUAGGAUUUAUCGUAGGAGCACAAGCAACAAGUUUUGAUUGGAUAAAGUUUACGCUUUUUACCGUCGGUGGUACUUUAGUGACUUUUGCUUCCAAUGCUAUCAAUCAGCUCAUCGAAAAAGAUUCUGAUAAGUUAAUGACUCGCACUCAAAAUAGACCAUUGCCUACGAUGUCAAUGACACAGAUGGAUGCCGUUUUAUUCAUCGGAGUUACAGCUUUGGCAGGUAUUUUGACUUUGACGUUUGCCGUUAAUACAACUUCUGGACUUUUAUCUGCUCUUUCUUUAAUAAUUUAUGGGUUUAUUUAUACACCAUUAAAGAAAGUAUCUUCCAUAGCUGUGUUUGUAGGAGCUAUACCUGGUGCAUUACCUCCAUUAUUAGGCUAUGUAGCAGCUACCAAUGAAUUGAAUCAAUACGCACUUUGGUUAUUCCUAGUACAAUUUUUCUGGCAGUUUCCUCAUUUUUGGGCUAUUGCAUGGUUGAGCUAUGAAGAUUAUCUAAAGGCGAAUAUAAUGCUCCUACCAAGUCGAGAUGGAAAGUCAAAACUAAGUGCAUUUAUUACAUUAAUUUACACUGUUAUUUUAAUACCGUUGUCAUUAUACCCUGCUUAUGUAAAAGGAGCUAUGACAAUAGGUAGUGGGAUUCUUUUAUUAGCUAGUAUUGGUUUUUCCUAUUUGGCAUAUCAGUUCCAUAGAAAUUGCAGCGAUAAAGAUGCGAGACAUUUGAUGUUUGGUUCUUUCAUUUAUUUA